CCUUUAUACUUUGUUCUCUUCUUCUUCUUCUUUUUUUUCUUUUCUUCUUCCUCUUCCUUCUUAGUUUUCGCAUUGCUUCUCUCCCUAAUCGAGAAAGAAGAUGAGUUCGGUAGAACCAGACAUGGAAGAUCUGUUCCAGGAGAAGAAGCGGGUCAGGAAUCCUCUCGUUCCUCUCGGCGCACUUAUGACUGCGGGAGUGCUCACGGCUGGGCUGAUUAGUUUCAGAAGAGGCAAUUCUCAGAUGGGUCAGGUUUUGAUGAGAGCUAGAGUGGUCGUCCAGGGUGCUACAGUCGCUUUAAUGGUUGGAACCGCCUAUUACUAUGGUGAUAAUCCGUGGAAGAAAUGAGCUGCAACUACUUGUUCUUCAACAUAAAUGAGAUGACACUCAGGGAGAUUGCGCGGGGAGAGGUAUGUGCUCACUCGUUCCGAGAGUAGACAUCUGUGGUCUUGCUAGGAUUUAGAACUUGUAAGGGCACAUCACAUGAUUUGAAUAAUUAAGAACUAAAAAAGUGUAUUGAUUAUAUUGAUUUGAGGAGAUUCUCGGAAAAUCUUUGUUACUCUAUCUGCCAAAUUUUUUUAUUAU